AUGACGUCCAACGCUGGCCAUGCGGGCCAGAUGAUCGAGUACAUCCAAGAUCGCCUCUACCUGGCAUCCUACGACUCGACGCCCAGUUCGAGAACUCCAUUCCCUUACCCGCUCGACCAACCCAAGUCUCCCAGCAAGCGGGCAGCCCGGGCCCAGCCGACCACCCCGAGCAGCAAGCGCCGGUCCCCGGUGUACUUCACGAUUGACGAUACUCUCCUCUACAACGCUUUCCACGCGGAUUUUGGCCCUCUCCACAUUGGCCACCUCUAUCGCUUCGCUGUGCUCUUUCAUGAGAUCCUCGGGGACCCCGCAAACAGCGAUCGCCCUGUUGUGUUCUACAGCAAGACUGAUGCUCGGAGUCGUGCUAACGCUGCUUGUCUGGUGGCGUGCUAUAUGGUCCUUAUUCAAUCCUGGCCGCCACACUUAGCUCUGGCGCCCAUCGCGCAGGCGGACCCUCCUUACAUGCCCUUCCGCGACGCAGGCUACAGCCAGGCCGACUUUAUUCUGAACAUUCAAGAUGUGGUAUAUGGAGUGUGGAAGGCCAAGGAACAAGGUCUCUGUGGACUACGUGACUUUAAUCUAGAAGAGUACGAGAAAUUUGAGCGCGUCGAUAUGGGAGAUUUCAACUGGGUCACACCGAAUUUCCUCGCCUUCGCCUCUCCCCAACACCAACCAGUUGAUCCGGUCCCUAUAAAUACUCCCGAGUACGACGCGCUGCCCUCCUCCAUUUCCGAAAUCUGCUCGUCCAAGCUACCCCUUCCUUUUAAGAAUGUGCUGGUCCAUUUUACUUCACGCAACGUUGGUCUCGUUGUUCGAUUGAACUCAGAGCUGUAUAGCCCAUCUUAUUUCACUGCGAUGGGGAUCAACCAUAUCGACAUGAUUUUUGAGGACGGCACCUGCCCACCUCUCCAAUUGGUUCGACGUUUCAUUAAGAUGGCCCAUGAGAUGAUCACUGUGAAGAACAAGGGUAUUGCAGUUCAUUGUAAGGCUGGUCUGGGCCGGACAGGGUGCUUGAUUGGCGCUUAUUUGAUCUAUCGUUAUGGGUUCACCGCCAAUGAAGUUAUCGCCUUCAUGCGAUUCAUGCGUCCAGGAAUGGUCGUUGGACCUCAGCAGCACUGGCUGCAUCUCAACCAGGGCUCUUUCCGAGAAUGGUGGUUUGAGGACAGCAUGCGUGAAAAGCUGGCCCAGUCCGCCCCGGUAACCCCGGCUCGUGUAUCUACCAAGAAGCGUCCUAGCAACGGAGUGGUAUCAACUCCUCCCAACAACAGCCACUCUAAGCGCGCUGCGCUGGGUGAGAUCGACCACAACGAAGGCGGCGCAAGCCAUCACGAAGAAAACCUACCCGCUCCAACUCCUGGGCAGCCACGCAAGUCACACCGUAAGGACUCACGACACCAUCCUUACGCUCGCACGGCUUCCGGCUCGUUGACUAUGGAACAUGAUGGACAUAAGCAUGCAGACUCUCGCUCGCCUCGUGCUCAUCGACUCAGCAACGAGAGCAGCGAGAGUGAGGAAGAGAUUCAGCUCAGAAUGCUAGCCAAGCGUUCAUCAAGGUCUCCUAUCGCAUCCACAACUUCACGUUCAAUUAGUUAUUCAGCCACCGUGACGGCGAGCUAUACAUUGACUGAUGAUAUCCACGAAGAUCGAGAGAAUUGGGUCGAAACUGCUGCUCCCAAGACUCCCGUCAGCCGCAAGAGUGGUGGCGGCGCUAUUUCAGUCAGCAAGGUUCGCUCCAGCCCCCGGCGGGCAACGGAGAGCAACAAAAGCGAAUCCCGAGGUGUGCGCAAGCCAAGCGGUCGAGUCGGUAGCACUUCAAGCCCAUCUCGGGCCACUCGCGCAACUGUCCAGUAA